AUGAGGAGGGUGAUCUUCAGACCACUCCCACUCUUCCAAGCUAUUCUGAUCUUCGGUAUUGGCCUAGUCGCGUUCUACAUUUACAUACAAGAGCCAGAGUUGCCGCCACCGCCGGAACUGCCCCGUGUGAAGGUGUCCGUACCUGGCCUGCCCAGGCCCCGGCCGCUGAAGGCUGUCCUGCACCACCAUCGUCAUCCCAGCAGCGUGAACCAGUCAUUUGUGAACCAGCGGCUGCAUUCCAGGAUAAAAGAAGACGCCCACUUCAACGUGACAAACAUCAGGAAAGUUCAGAAAAUCACCAAGAAAUAUUAUGAUCCGAUAAGACACGUCAUUUAUUACUCCGACUUAGAAAUCUUCAUGGAGAAAUGUGACUACCUAACCUUCACACUCCGGGACUCGCCUCAAAGUCCCUGUAACGUUGCACACACGCCCAUCAGGCACUACCGGACAUGUGCAGUGGUGGGUAGCGGUGGUAUACUUACCGAGAGCGGCUGUGGUGCUGAGAUAGACGCUCACGAGUUUGUCAUCCGUCCCAACUUACCGCCUUUGCGACGAUAUCACAGAGAUGCGGGGAGCAGGACUAACUUGACGAUUGUAAACGGGAGGCGACUGAUGAAGAUCAGCAGAGCUCUUGAGACUCUCCUCAGAGGCAAGCCCUGGGUGACGGCCAUGCCUCAUCUCGAUCUCAACUUAUUCGAGUCUCCCGGGAUGAUCUUUAGCUACUCCUUUAUCUUUACGGAGAAAAGGAGGAACGAGAUGCGGGUAGUCGACACCGUGUUGAAGAUGCACAACAAACCAACCAUCACUGCGUUUACAUCCACGUCUUUUCUGGACAACAGACGGGUCUACAAAGAACUUGCCGGAAUAGAGUGGGACUUCCCCUCGACUGGCCUGAACAGCUUCGCCCUGGCCUCCACCUUUUGUGACAGGAUCUCCAUGUACGGCUUCUACCCCAUGCCUUUAUAUCAGAGCAAGCGAGUCCGCUACCACUACUUCGACGAUCACACGGCCAGCGAAAGUCAUGAUUUUGACGGAGAGUAUGCCUUGUUACGGCAGCUGGAUGCCAUGGGAGUUAUCAGACAUGUUGUCGGAAAAUGCAAGCCAGACGCACCAACAUGACCACAAACUACACGAAUGUGGAGAACAAAAUAAAGAAUUCUGUACCCUGGGGUGUCAUUUUGACCGGUACCUGCUUGUUCAUGACGGGAAGGGGACAUUUGCCACCAUGGUGUCAAUGUCAUAUGAUACAAUGUUACCAACCAUCUCCAUGCAUAUGGCUUGAAGUUUUUACCCUCUACCUCAAAUUGAAGAGAAAUA